CGCUAGUCCUUGUCCCCAGCGCCUCCACUUCAGCCGGGUGUUCCCGAAAAAUCAAGCCGGGAGGGAGGGUAAAGACAGCAGGCUGAAAAACACCCGGGCCACACACACUGCGACCUGAAGCUCCUCCGCGUCCGAGGAGACACGGAACCCGUAGCGCCCCGCGCCUGUGUGGUCCGCGCUGCCGCGCCACAGGAGCCCACCUGCCGGUCCGCGCCCUGCCAGGACAGAAAGUGGGACUAGUCGCUGUCGCGUUCCAGCCGCACCCAGCCCUCCGGGAAGCCUCUCCCUGGCCGGGGUGACUGUCAACCCUCGGCUGUACCCACCGGACCCCGGUGCCUUCGGAGUGCCCCCCUCCCACCACUCCGCUCAGGGACCAUGGCAGGGGCGCGCGGGCUGCUCUGUCUGUGGCUGAGCUGCGUCUGCGUGAGCCUGGCGCGAGCAGAGAGGCCGAAACAACAUUUCCCGGAGCUGCGCAUAACUGGACCAGGGGAACGCAUGGCAGGUAGUGGCCUGGGCCAGGAGCUGCAGCCACACGACAAGGUGUCCCAGCACAUGCUGCGGCUCUAUGACAGGUACAGCGGCGGCAGCAGGCUCCAGGCGCUGCGGGUGCCAGGCUCUGGGGAGCGGGGCUCCAAGCCCACGCGCUCCCAGCCCCUGCGGGAAGGCAACACCGUGCGCAGCUUCCGAGCCGGAGCAGCAGGAGCCCUUGAGAACAAGGGACUGCAUGUUUUUAAUCUGACUUCCCUAACCAAGUCUGAAAACAUUUUGUCAGCUACACUGUAUUUCUAUUCUGGGGAGCUAGUGAACACCAGCCUGAGUUGUCCAGUGUCUCAAGGAUGCUCACAUCAAGCUAAGAGGAAGCCCAUGCAGGUAGAUCUCUCUGCAUGGAUCCUCAAAUCUAACAGGAACCAAAGUCAACUCCUUGGUCACCUGACAGUGGACAUAGCCAAAUCUCACCGAGACGUCACAUCCUGGCUGUCUAAGGACAUCACUCAACUCUUGAGGAAGGCCAGGGAAAAUGAGGAGUUUCUCAUUGGAUUUAACAUUUCCUCCAAAGGCCACCAGCUGCCAAAGAGGAUGCUGCUUUUUCCAGAGCCUUAUAUCUUAGUGUAUGCCAAUGAUGCUGCCAUCUCUGAACCAGAAAGCGUCGUAUCAAGCUUACAAGGACACCGCAAUUUCCCGUCUGUUUCUGUGCCCAAACUGGAUAGGCACAUUAGAGCUGCCCUUUCUACCGAACGAAGGAAGAAACGUUCCACUGGGGUCUUGUUGCCACUUCAGAACAAUGAACUUCCUGGAGCAGAAUAUCAGUAUAAGGAGGAUGGGGUUUGGGAGGAGAGAAAGCCUUAUAAGACUCUUGAAACUCAGCCCACUGAGAAAAAUAAGAACAAGAAGAAACACAGGAAGGGGUCUCAUCAGAAGAGCCAGACACUGCAGUUUGAUGAGCAGACUCUGAAGAAGGCAAGAAGAAAGCAAUGGAUCGAACCUCGGAAUUGUGCCAGGAGAUACCUUAAGGUAGACUUUGCAGACAUUGGCUGGAGUGAAUGGAUUAUCUCUCCGAAGUCCUUUGAUGCCUAUUACUGCUCAGGAGCAUGCCAGUUCCCCAUGCCAAAGUCUUUGAAGCCAUCAAAUCAUGCAACCAUCCAGAGCAUAGUGAGAGCUGUGGGGGUUGUUCCCGGGAUUCCUGAGCCUUGCUGUGUACCAGAAAAGAUGUCUUCACUCAGUAUCUUAUUCUUCGAUGAAAAUAAGAAUGUUGUCCUGAAAGUAUAUCCUAACAUGACAGUAGAGUCUUGUGCUUGCAGAUAACCUGGCAAAGAACUCACUCGAAUGCUUGAUUCAAUCCUUACUUUAAUGGAUUCCUUUCCUUUUUUUUGCACUGCCAAUGCAUUUUGUCCUGAAAGAUUUGUUUUUUAUAUAUAUACUGAACAGAGAAUAAGCAAAUAGACUGAAGAAUUCCACAAAAGAGACACGGACUGGAUUUGUCUUUGAAUGUAACUAAAAGCAAGAUCUUAGAAAAUAUGAAUAUGAAGAUCUAUUUCUUUUUUAAAACAUCACACAAGAAAAGUGAUCAAAUUGUUUUUAGAACUGUUAGAAAAUACAUGGAUUUAUUCUUACAAUGGGCUUUAAAAACAGAUU